AUGGCGAUUCAAAAGAAGCACGGCAAAGGCCGCUUGGACAAGUGGUAUAAACUUGCGAAAGAAAAAGGCUAUCGAGCAAGAGCUUCCUUCAAACUCGUGCAACUGAACAAGAAAUAUGGCUUUCUGGAAAAGAGCAAGGUUCUGCUGGAUCUUUGCGCUGCGCCGGGAUCAUGGUGUCAAGUCGCUUCUGAAGUUAUGCCUGUCAAUAGCCUGAUCGUUGGCGUUGAUUUGGCACCCAUCAAGCCCAUUCCGAGAGUUAUCACUUUCCAGAGCGACAUCACGACCGAGAAGUGCAGAGCCACAAUCCGACAACACCUGAAGACAUGGAAAGCCGACACUGUUCUUCACGAUGGUGCGCCCAAUGUUGGUACUGCAUGGGCGCAAGAUUCGUUCAACCAGGCAGAACUUGCGCUGCAAGCCAUGAAGUUGGCAACCGAAUUCCUGGUUGAGGGCGGUACUUUUGUCACGAAGGUUUUCCGAUCGAAAGAUUAUAAUCCGUUACUAUGGGUUCUGAAUCAACUGUUCACUCAUGUCGAAGCAACGAAGCCACCAUCCUCUCGCAACGUUUCUGCAGAGAUUUUCGUCGUGUGCAGAGGCUAUAAGGCUCCAAAGCGCAUUGAUCCGCAAUUCUUGGAUCCGCGAUCGGUAUUCGCUGAGCUGACUGGCGCGACGCCUAACAACGAAGCCAAAGUUUACAACCCUGAAGUGAAGAAGAGAAAGCGAGACGGUUAUGAAGAAGGCGACUAUACCCUGUACAAAGAAGUACCCGCGAGUGAAUUCAUACAGACCAUGGACCCAAUUGCCAUUCUGGGAAGCUCUAACAAACUCACAUUCCAACAGCCUCUUAACGGGGACGUGGCGCUGGCUGCUUUGGACAAAUUGCCGGAGACGACAGCUGAAAUUCGAGACUGUUGCUCCGACUUGAAGACUCUCGGACGCAGAGACUUCAAGCUCCUUUUGAAAUGGCGAUUAAGAGUUCGAGAAAUAUUCGGUCUUGCUACAAAGGAGAAAGCAGUGACCGCAGCAUCCGAAGAAGUCGCCGAAAUCGGAGAAAUGGACGAAGAGCUUAAAAUCGAGGAAGAGCUGCAGGCUAUGCGAGACCGAGACAGCGGCAAGAGGAAGAGGGAAAAAAGAAGAGAAAAUGAGAAGAAGCAAAAAGAGAUUGUCCGCAUGCAGAUGAACAUGAUCAGCCCAAUGGAUAUUGGUAUGGAGGAAGCCGGGCCGAUUGGAGAAGGCUCGAUGUUUGCCCUGAAAUCCGCGGAUAAAACGGAAGCCAUGCGUCGACUGAAUCGUGGCAAAAUGGUCACGAUCUCGGAUGUCAAACCUACCGACAUGCAGGACUCUGAUAGCGAUGACGACGAGAGUGACCCUGAAGAAGACCGACUCGAACGAGACUUGGAUUCCAUGUACGACAAUUACAAGGAGCGCAAGGCUGAAUAUGAUGCAAAAUAUCGUGCCAAGAAAGCAAGAGAGCAGAGAGGUGAUGAUGAGUGGGAGGGUCUGUCUGCAGGUGAAGGCGAAGAUUCUGAUUCCAGCGCUUUGGAAGAAGAAGAUGAAGACUCGUCUUCUGACGAGGACGAAGCUCCAGCUCAAGGUCUCCUGAAGAACUUUGAUGAAGACCAAAGCAACUGCAACGGACUUUCUAGCCGCGCUGCUGCGUUCUUCAAUCAAGACAUCUUCAAAGGAAUUACAGAAGCACUGCCAAAGGUUGGAAACACGGGAGAAAACGUUGUUGACGAAGACGAGGAGAUCCGCAACUUGAAGCCAACAAUCAAGAUUGGUCAAGAGAAGCAAGACACGCAUGCCAAGAGUAGCCGCUCAAGUAUCCGGGCGAAUACCAUGGAGAAUGGUAACAAAAUCGAAGUCAUUCCGGGUGCAGACGAGGAAGACGAUUGGGAGAGAAAGGAAACGAGGCGAUCCGAUGGAAAACCAGACAUCGAUAUAAUUACCGCUGAAGCUAUGACGCUGGCACACCAGUUGGCCAGUGGGAAGAAGACUAGUCAGGAUGUGAUUGAUGAUGGCUUUAAUAAGCAUGCUUUCCGCGACCGAGAUGGACUGCCUGAAUGGUUCAUCGAGGAUGAAUCUAAGCAUGACAAACCUCACAAACCCAUUUCCAAAGCUGCUGCCCAAGCUAUCAAGGAGAAACUGCGUGCUUUCAACGCCCGACCUAUCAAGAAAGUUCGAGAAGCGAAAGCCAGAAAGAAGAUCAAGGCUGCUCAGAAACUGGAGCGUCUCAAAAAGAAGUCAGACAUGCUGGCUGCUGACGAAGGUAUGACGGAAAAGGAGAAGGCCGACAGCAUUUCAAAAAUGCUGAGCAGAGCCGCACGCAAGAAGCCUAGCCAGCCAGCCAGACUGGUUGUGGCGCGUGGCGCAAACAAGGGCAUUAAGGGCAGACCUAACGGCGUCAAGGGCCGUUACAGAAUUGUUGAUCCAAGAAUGAAGAAGGAGCUGAGAGCGCAAAAGAGAGUGUCGCAGAAGAAGAAAAAAUAG